AUGAGUGAGAUCCAGAGAUUGCCUACCAUCAACAACCCCAUUCAUCCCAACGCCAAGGCCACCACGCAGAUCAACAACGGCACCACCACCACGAAAUCCAACAUCUCGUCGCCCGUUUGUCGUAACUGUAAGACGCAAACGACCCCGCUCUGGCGUAGAGACGAGACUGGUCAGGUGUUAUGUAAUGCCUGUGGAUUGUUCUUGAAGUUGCAUGGUCGCGCUAGACCUAUCAGCUUGAAAACUGACACAAUCAAGCUGCGGAACAGAAUCAAGCAGCCCAACUUCAACAAGUCGCUGGGCCCUAACACCCCGGAGCUCAAACUGAAAGACGUCAAGAACCCUUCUAAGGACUCUCCAAAACCCAAGAAGAAAUCGGGAAACAACUCACCCAUGGAGGGCAUCUAUAGUUCUGGCUCGUUAAAGCCAUUGCCACUGCCUGGCCCAUCACUGGGUAUUCAGUCUCCUCUCCAACACAACCCAACAAGAAUCCACUACCCGGGCUCCACCAACUUGUCGCAACAUUUGGGUCGUCUUCCAGGUACUUUCCCUGCACAAGUACAGCUGUUGAACUAUCCAUCGUCGACGCCAACUCAGUUUGCCCCUGGUUUGCAAAGGAUCACAUCUCCAUUGCUCCUUUCAACGACCCUGUCGAUGCUGAACGCUCGUUCGACUCCGCAAACCUCGUCCAGUGCAGUAAACAUCAAGACCAUUGGUGCUAUGGGUGGACUCAACGGCUCGGCGCCUCAUGACCAUGGUCAAGGUGCUUUGACUGAUGCACAAGCCGCUGGUGCUUUGGAGAACAUGUCUAACGAAUUGGGUCCAUCUGCUUCUUUCAAGGGCGGCGUAGUUGGAGCCAAUGGCACAUCUCUUAUUGCUCCAACUGGUAGAAAGCCACACAUGGAAUCUGCCGGUCUUAGCACUCCCUCCUCUGCUUUGAGCCAGAAUGGUCAUGUACCUAAGUUUCCUGCCUUGGCUUCUUCUGGUCGUGACUCUCGCCAGGGCAAUGUGAUUGUGUCUCCUUCUUUCGGACCCCAAUUCCAUCUCCAAGACACUAUGGUGAAGGCUGAACCUUUGGACCACCCUAAACCAUCUUUGCCUCCCAUCUCAAGCCUUACUUCUCGUAGCCCACCAGGCUCUUUGCCUCAAUUAACUGCUGCCUCUUCUGUGUCUUCCGUUCCUGCUACUCCAGAAAAUGGCAGCAUUUACGGUGGUAAAGACCAAGUUGGGAUGGUGCAGAACAAACCCAUCGAGAACGUUCUUUCUGCUGCUGCAUCCCAGGGAUACAGCGCUCCAAGAAUGGUAUCGCACUCUGAUUCCACUGGUUCUAGUGGUAGCUCUGGGUAUCCAGCUGCUCCUGGUGGCAAUUUGUCAAAUCAAAGCGGCGAACAACCUCCAAACAGCAUGAAAGCCGGAAGAGAAGGUGGAGCAGAUCCAAACAAUGGAAAUACAGGUAACAACGGUAACAACGGCAACAACCCUAACAACAACCCCAACAAUGGUGGUGGUGCCAACAGCAAUUAUCAGUUCUCGCUCUUGAAAACACGUAUUUCGGAAUUGGAAUUGGUGAACGACUUGUACCGCACCAGAAUCAUGGAAUUAGAGGCUAUGGAGCAGGCUGCGCGCCUACGCGAGCAGUCUAUGAGAAAACGUUUAGAUGAGUUCUUGAUGGAACAGGGACAAGCGGGCUCCGCUUCUGUUUUGAGUGACACUAUGAAAAUCCUCAAAAGAGAAGGUGACGCAAAUGACGACUCCGCAAAGAGACAAAAACAGCUUUAG